AGUCACCAUGUUAGUUAAUGGUUAGUUGUUGACGAUUCACAAUUAACCUUAAGUGAUACUUGACUGUUUAAAUUGUGCGAAAUUGUAACUUUAACAUGUUACCCUUUUCGAGUUUAAUUGUUACUUUCACUCUUUUAUUUGGAACAAUUAACUGUCAGAAUUGUCCAUCAAGUGAGGGAUAUUUUCAAGAUCCUUCGAACUGUUCAAAAUUUUUCUACUGUUCGAGCGGAAAAAUUGUUCACAAAUACGAAUGCGGUUCUAAUUCCGUUUUUAAUCCUGACCUGAAAAUCUGCGAUUGGAAAGAAAACACCAAAUGUGAAUCUGAUUCAUCUCCAUCAUCGACCACAACAACAGCGACUAAACCUUUGGUCGGAGAAAACGAAAUUCCCGAUAAUUCAAUUGAGACUUCAAGUUCUAACCCGCCGACUUCAUCAUCUACCUUUGCCCCGACAACCUCGUCAACCUCACCCUCGACUUCAGCCCCAACUUCCACUUCCACUUCAACUUCAACCACAACUCAAACUUCAAAUGUAAUUGAUGUUGAAACUGAGAAUCCAUAUGAAUGGCAUCCACCCAUUGGACCCACAACGACCGCCGAACCUGAUCCAAUGGAAGGUUUUAAUGACGAUUAUAAGAUCGUCUGUUAUUUCACCAAUUGGGCUUGGUACAGACCUCAAGGAGCAAAAUUCAUCCCCGAAGACACUAAUUCAAAGUAUUGUACUCAUAUCAAUUAUGGAUUCGCUGUUCUUGAUUCCUCUUCAUUGACUAUUAAAAUUCACGAUUCAUGGGCUGAUGUUGAUAAUCGUUUCUUGAAACGUGUCGCUGGUUUAAGGAAAAAUAAUCCACGAUUGAAGGUUUUACUUUCAUUGGGAGGUUGGAAUGAUUCAGCCGGUGAUAAGUACUCGAGGUUGGUGAACAAUCCAUCGGCUCGACGAAACUUCAUUAACCAUUCGAUCCAAUUUUUGGCCAAAUUUGGUUUCGAUGGGUUAGAUCUCGACUGGGAGUACCCAAAGUGCUGGCAAACUACUUGUAAAGAUGGACCAGAAUCUGACAAGGCCAAUUUCGCUCUUUUCGUUCAUGAAUUGAGACAAGCAUACGAAUCAAAAGGAUGGCUAUUGACCGCUGCAGUCUCACCUUCUAAACAGGUCAUUGAUGCUGGUUACGAUGUUCCCGCUUUAGCUAAAGACUUUGACUUCAUAAACGUCAUGGCCUAUGAUAUGCACGGACAAUGGGACAAGUUUGCCGCUCAUCAUGCACCUUUAUACCCAAGACAAGAGUCUUCAUCAUUCGACCCCAACGAUGGUAUUUUCAACAUUAACUAUACUGUUAAUUACUGGAUCGAUCAAGGAAUGCCCAAGAAAAAGGUCAUUCUUGGUGUUCCUUUCUAUGGUCGCUCUUUCGCCCUCGAAGGUCAAGCUGGUUCACAUUCAUUGAAAGGCUAUGGUGCUGCUGCUCUUCAAGGAGGUGAACCGGGUACAUUUACCCGAGAAAAGGGUUACCUCGCUUUCUAUGAAAUCUGCGACUACCAAAAGAAUCAAGGUUGGACUAAGGCUCGAGAUCCGACAACCGGACUGCCUUUCGCUUUCAAGGGUAACCAAUGGGUCGGUUAUGAUGACACCGAACAGAUGAGAAAGAAAAGUGAAUUCAUCAAGAGCCUCGACAUCGGAGGUGCGAUGGUCUGGGCUCUCGAUCUCGACGAUUUCAUGGGCCGAUGUUGUUCCACGAAAUGGCCUUUGCUCAAGACUUUGAAUGCGGGAUUAAGAGGAGUUAAAUCUUUCGAAGCGAUUGAUUUGCGAAAUUAUAACUUUAACAUGUUACCCUUUUCGAGUUUAAUUGUUACUUUCACUCUUCUCUUUGGGACAAUUAACUGUCAGAAUUGUCCAUCAAGUGAGGGAUAUUUUCAAGAUCCUUCGAACUGUUCAACAUCGACCACAACAACAGCGACUAAACCUUUGGUCGGAGAAAAUGAAAUUCCCGAUAAUUCAAUUGAGACUUCAAGUUCUAACCCGCCGACUUCUUCAUCCACCUUUGCUCCAACAACCUCGUCAACCUCACCCUCGACUUCAGCCCCAACUUCCACUUCCACUUCAACCACAACUCAAACGUCAAAUGUAAUUGAUGUUGAAACUGAGAAUCCAUAUGAAUGGCAUCCACCCAUUGGACCCACAACGACCGCCGAACCUGAUCGAAUGGAAGGUUUUAAUGACGAUUAUAAGAUCGUCUGUUAUGUCGCCGAACAGGCUUGGUACAGACCUCAGGGAGCAAAAUUCAUCCCCGAAGACACUAUUUCAAAGUAUUGUACUCAUAUCAAUUAUGGAUUCGCUGUUCUUGAUUCCUCUUCAUUGACUAUUAAAAUUCACGAUUCAUGGGCUGAUGUUGAUAAUCGUUUCUUGAAACGUGUCGCUGGUUUAAGGAAAAAUAAUCCACGAUUGAAGGUUUUACUUUCAUUGGGAGGUUGGGAUGAUUCAGCCGGUGAUAAGUACUCAAGGCUGGUGCACAGUCCAUCGGCUCGACGAAACUUCAUUAACCAUUCGAUGCAAUUUUUGGCCAAAUUUGGUUUCGAUGGAUUAGAUCUCGACUGGGAGUACCCAAAGUGCUGGCAAACUAUUUGUAAAGAUGGACCAGAAUCUGACAAGGCCAAUUUCGCUCUUUUCGUUCGAGAAUUGAGACAAGCAUUCGAACCAAAAGAACUGAUAUUGAGCGUUGCUGUCUCACCUUCUAAACAGGUCAUUGAUGCUGGUUACGAUGUUCCCGCUAUAUCUACAGCCGUUGACUUCAUCAAUGUCAUGACCUAUGAUAUGCACGGACCAUGGCUCGAAAAGUUUAAUAAUCACCAUGCACCUUUAUACCCAAGACAAAAGUCUUCAUCAUUCGACCCCAACGAUGAUAUUUUCAACAUUAACUAUACUGUUAAUUACUGGAUCGAUCAAGGAAUGCCCAAGAAAAAGGUCAUUCUUGGUGUUCCUUUCUAUGAGAUCUGCGACCACCAAAAGAAUCAAGGUUGGACUGAGGCUCGAGACCCGACAACCGGACUGCCUUUCGCUUUCAAGGGUAACCAACGGGUCGGUUAUGAUGACACCGAACAGAUGGGAAAGAUAAGUGAAUUCGUCAAGAGCCUCGAUAUCGGAGGUGCGAUGGUCUGGGCUCUCGACGAUUUCAUGGGUCGAUAUUGUUCCACAAAAUGGCCUUUGCUCAAGACUUUGAAUGCGGGAUUAAGAAUUGAAUCUGAUUUAUCUAUAUCACCGAUCACAAAAUUAGCAACUAAACUUUUGGUCGGAAAAUGA